UGCUAGAUGAUACUGAGGAAUUACUAGUCAUCUUCUCGACUAUGAUGAUGGCUUUGUGGUUCUGUAGUAGAAUGUCCAGAUUCUGAGCUCAGCCCUGAAUUACUUAGCAAUAAAGUGCCAUUUUAUCUACAACUUACAGGUAAUUUAUGAAGAAAUUCUCAUGGAAGGAACUAAUAUGACAAAAGGCAGUUAUUGAACCUAGGGGGAAAUCAAUAUCUUCUCAACAUGGAGAUUAAUCAUUUGUAUGUGGGAAGAAACAGUAAUGAGGGCCAGUGACUUGUCAAAAGUUCUAUAAACCAAUCAUUCCUAUUCCAUUGCUCUUAUCCUGCAUCUCACCUUCAAAUUUGGCCUACUUAUGGCAUUCAGGAGGCAAGUGAAAAACUUUGUGAGAAAUUACUCAGAUGCUGAAAUAAAAGUCAGAGAAGCGACUUCUAAUGACCCAUGGGGGCCCUCUAGUUCUCUGAUGUUAGCUAUCAGUGACUUGACUUUCAACAUGACUUCACUCUCAGAGAUCAUGGAUAUGCUGUGGCAGAGACUCAGUGACCAUGGAAAGAACUGGCGCCAUGUGUAUAAAUCUCUUACCCUAUUGGAUUAUCUCAUCAAGAAUGGAUCAAAGAAAGUUAUUCAGCAUUGCAGAGAGGGCUUCUGUAAUCUUCAAGUGUUAAAAGAUUUUCAACACAUAGAUGAAGCUGGAAAAGACCAAGGAUAUUAUAUUCGUCAGAAGUCUAAGCAAGUCAUAACAUUGCUGAUGGAUGACCAGCUGCUGUAUAAUGAGAGAGAAGUGGCAUGUCGGACUAGACGGCGUACCUCUUACUCCAUGGCAUUUCCUAAAAGAUUACUUGGUACAAGUAACUUACCAACAGCAUGUGCUUCCCUCCCCACACCGGAAACUGCUGCUUCAGAGAAAAAGCAUGAGCUUCUUAAAGCUUCAAGGCUGCAUAAUAAAACGGAAAAUGCUUCCAAGAUGGGAAUGCUGCCAGAGCAGUGCCAAGACCUCCAUUUAGCUGCGGAAGCCCCACUGUCCAAGGAACCUCUGCCACUCAAGAAGAAGGCCUGGAAGUCAACAGAGGACCUGAUGCUGUUUUAUGAUGAGGAUCCAAAGCCAGUUUUGCCAACAAUACCUCCUUGCAUUAUCUCUUCAACUACAAAGUUGUCUGAAGGAGAGGCAGAAGUUGGUGACCUCUGGGAUACAGAUGUCGUGCCUGCUUCCUCUGAAAAAAGCCUAUCUGGGCAGACAAAUGUGAAUUUGGACAAGAGAUCAGACAGUGGCAUUACAGAUACUCUAACAAUAAACUCCUUGACGACACUUCAUGAAAAUCAGACAGCCACAAAAAGUUUGGAAACACUGACAACUUUACCAGCAUUUUGGCCAUCAAGUAAAGAAGAGGUCAUCAGCCCCAAUUUAAGGGCAUCAAAGUCAGAUUCUACUUUCUAUAACCAGUCCUCUGUAGAGACACUUUAUGCCUCUCCCUCUUUCAAAACAUUCAGCACAGUAAAGGAGAUGGAAAGCAAUGAGGACCAUCACAAAUCAGCACAAGCCAGCACUGUGCAGGUAGAGGAGAAACACCUCGGGCCCGUGGCCACAUGCGUUUCAACUCCUUCUGAGGGAACAUCUUCCUUUUCUACUUUAUCCGUAUCAUCUCCUGAUUCAGCCCCUCCAGGAAUGUCAGCUCCUUGCUUGCCACCGAUUUUGGCCAGGCCUUCCUUCCGGACUGUGUCUCAUCAGAGGUCAUCAUCUGCCUCCUUUAUUAAAGGAGACAAAGCACUCAGGUCUCACCAUCAUCUCACUCCCAGGAACCCAGUGUCUUCUGAUGAGAAGGAAUACAGCAGCCUCAACCUGCAGGAAGUUCUUACAGAUGAUUCCGACUCUUCUAAAGAGAAGACCAGUCAGAUUCCCAGCCACAGUUGGGUUGCGUUUUCCGACCCCACUGUAGAUCAUAUCCCUUCUAUGUCUUCUUUUAGUUUUCAGACAAGCCAGGGCUUGCCUCCGGGGCCCAAUGUGAGCAGCUCCAUCAGCGCCCUGCUGAAGGAGGUGAAAAGCGCAGUGGUGAGGCUCCACGAUGAUCUGAGCGUGGUGAUACAAGAGCUCAAUGUCAUCAGCAGCCAUCUGGUAAGCAUCGGCGGCUGUAGCCCGCAGGCCAGCAAGUCUUCCCAGGACCCCCUGUCUUCUGAGGGGAGCUUAGAUCAGACCUGGGCACAUCAGUAGCCAUUUUCAUAGACCCUGUAUAGGCCCACAAGCUCACAUUUAUAGGUUCUCCUUACUAUGGAGGAAAAACAGGUGAUGGUUUCAUUGUUGUUCCUUGUCAGGUUUCUUAAGUAUCUUUCAAAUCAAUAGAGUCAUGUGGGUAGUGUUAUGUUUUUUAAUCACCUUUGAUAAUUUCAGAUUUAGAUAUUAGUUUAUUUGACACAAGAGAAGUUUCAUUCUUCCACGCUCUGUACUUCACCUCAAAAUGAUCAAAGCACUUAAUGAAAGUUGUGUUGACUUCAAACUGCAAAGAGGCCGUUUGAGAGCUCUUGAGCACCAGCAGUCAGAAGGCUUCAUCGCAACGGGCCUCAGCCUGACCUAGGAGUCUGGGUGUUUCACGCAUUCUCUUGCAUGUUUCAGGGCUGCAAACAAAAAACAAGCAGUCUUUUCAGGGCACAGGGUGUUGGGAGUUCAGUUGAAACAAGCAGGACACAGGACAGGUGUUUCCAUUGUUCCUGUACAUUGCAGAGUCACGUCAGCUGCCUUCCUUUUUUCUUUCAGAAAACAGAUUUGAUAUUUUUUCCAUCUUAUGUGUAUCUUUUAAUUCAUUA